GGCAGGCUGGAGGGGAUUCGAUGGUAUUGAGGAGCUCCGAGGCCCUGCAGCUCGGGGACGGGAGUGAGGGGCUCUGAGAAGCUUCGCGGUGCAGCAUCUCGGGAGUUACGAGAAUUUGGCCUUCUGGAGCAUGAAUCCUAAGCUGUUCAGUUCUGGGCUGUGCUAGCAGGACCCUUCAAAGGAAGAGCAAUGGCUGCAGCAGCAGCUUCUCACCUGAACCUGGACGCCCUCCGGGAAGUGCUGGAAUGCCCCAUCUGCAUGGAGUCCUUCACAGAGGAGCAGCUGCGGCCCAAGCUCCUGCACUGUGGCCAUACCAUCUGCCGCCAGUGCCUGGAGAAGCUGCUGGCCAGCAGCAUCAAUGGUGUCCGCUGUCCCUUCUGCAGCAAGAUUACCCGCAUAACCAGCCUGGCGCAGCUGACAGACAACCUGACAGUGCUGAAGAUCAUUGACACAGCCGGGCUCAGUGAGGCCGUGGGGCUGCUCAUGUGCCGGUCCUGUGGGCGGCGGCUGCCCCGGCAGUUCUGCCGGAGCUGUGGCGUGGUGUUGUGUGAGCCUUGCCGCGAGGCGGACCACCAGCCUCCCGGCCACUGUACGCUCCCCGUGAAAGAGGCAGCUGAGGAGCGGCGUCGGGCCUUUGGUGAGAAGUUGGCCCACCUGCGGGAGCUGAUGGGGGAGCUGCAGCGGCGGAAGGUCGCCUUGGAAGGUGUCUCCAAGGACCUCCAGGCAAGGUAUAAAGCCGUUCUCCAGGAGUACGGGCACGAGGAGCGCAGGGUCCAGGAAGAGCUGGCUCGCUCUCGGAAGUUCUUCACAGGCUCCUUGGCCGAGGUUGAAAAAUGUAACAGCCAAGUGGUAGAGGAGCAGAGCUACCUGCUUAACAUCGCGGAGGUGCAGGCUGUGUCCCGCUGUGACUACUUCCUGGCCAAGAUCAAGCAAGCAGAUGUGGCGCUCCUGGAGGAGACAGCUGAUGAGGAGGAGCCAGAGCUCACUGCCAGCCUGCCCCGGGAGCUCACCCUGCAGGAUGUGGAGCUCCUUAAGGUCGGCCACGUCGGCCCCCUCCAAAUUGGGCAAGCUGUUAAGAAGCCCCGGACCGUCAACAUGGAAGAUUCCUGGGCCAUGGAGGCUGCAGCCUCUGCUGCCUCUACUUCUGUUACAUUUAGAGAGAUGGACUUGAGCCCCGAGGAAGUGGUUGCCAGCCCAAGGGCCUCACCCGCCAAGCAGCGGGGUUCUGAGACAGCCUCCAGUAUCCAGCAGUGUCUAUUCCUCAAGAAGAUGGGGGCCAAAGGCAGCACUCCAGGCAUGUUCAACCUUCCCGUCAGUCUCUACGUGACCGGCCAAGGCGAGGUGCUGGUUGCUGACCGUGGCAACUACCGCAUACAAGUCUUCACCCGCAAAGGCUUUUUGAAAGAGAUCCGCCGCAGCCCCAGCGGCAUCGAUAGCUUUGUGCUGAGCUUCCUUGGGGCUGAUCUGCCCAAUCUCACUCCUCUCUCAGUGGCCAUGAACUGCCAUGGGCUGAUUGGUGUGACUGACAGCUAUGACAACUCUCUCAAGGUUUACACCUUGGAUGGCCACUGUGUGGCAUGUCACCGGAGCCAGCUGAGCAAACCCUGGGGCAUCACAGCCCUUCCAUCUGGCCAGUUUGUGGUAACUGAUGUGGAAGGUGGAAAGCUCUGGUGCUUCACUGUUGACCGAGGAGCCGGGGUGGUCAAAUACAGCUGCCUCUGCAGUGCCGUGCGCCCCAAAUUUGUCACCUGUGAUGCUGAGGGCACCGUCUACUUCACCCAGGGUUUGGGCCUCAAUUUGGAGAAUCGGCAGAAUGAGCAUCAUCUGGAGGGCGGCUUCUCCAUUGGCUCCGUGGGUCCUGAUGGGCAGCUGGGGCGCCAGAUUAGCCACUUCUUCUCAGAGAACGAGGAUUUCCGCUGCAUUGCUGGCAUGUGUGUGGAUGCUCGUGGUGAUCUCAUUGUGGCUGAUAGUAGUCGCAAGGAAAUUCUCCACUUUCCUAAGGGUGGGGGCUAUAGUGUCCUUAUUCGAGAGGGGCUCACUUGUCCAGUGGGCAUUGCCCUCACUCCCAAGGGGCAGCUGCUGGUCUUGGAUUGUUGGGAUCAUUGCAUCAAGAUUUACAGUUACCACCUGAGAAGAUACUCCACCCCUUAGGAGAUGAGAAAUAACCAGUUUCUUCUGUUCCCCAGCCAACUUCCCUUCCCUUAUUCCUUGGUUGUUGGUGAUGCUGUCAAGUAGACCUGGCUUAUGUCCUCAUUCCAACUGGUUAGUCCUAGAAUUUUAGAAACUCUUAGUUUUUUAUUGGCAUUAUUUUCCCCCUCAAUUUAGAGCUUUAGCAGAUGCACUUUCCCAACAAGACCCAUGAUGGAGUUAGCUGAAGUCUGAUUAGAACUUAGGCCCUUCCAAGGCUUCAGUAGAGAGCCUUUUCCCCUUGAUUUGAAAUUUGCCCUUGUAUUGAACCCUUGCUGAUUUUCCUCUCUUUUGGCUUUGAUGACCCUGGUCCAUCAUUUCCUUCCUAUUAUAGGGUGUUUCAUCUGUGUCACUUUCUCUUCAACUCUGCUGCACUCAGUGUGCAUGCUCCAGUGGGAUCUGCUCCAUCUUUCAGUGACAUUUCGGACAUCAUAUCCUUGUGGCAUGAUGUCUCAGGUCUGAUCGCCUUUAGCAGUUGAAAACUCAUUCAGUUAGUGCCCUUUGGGAAGCACCACCUCUCGGCUCGGGGGGUUUUAUGCCAUCUUGGAAUGGUCUCUAAUUGCAGAUGUGACAGAGAAUGAAUUGACUGUAGUCCAUUAAUGUUGAAGACUUUAGUCUGGAAAUUGCUUGCCUUUUUUAAGGAGCAUAUGGAUUAGAAUUAUGCCAAAGUAUAGGAAGAUGGGGUAAAACAAAUACGAAUAUAGUCAGCAGACACUCUUGGAUAGUCUGUAGAGCUCAUCAUUUUUCAUACUACCUCUUUCCACUGACCUGUGCUGAGAGUUGUCUGUGGAAUUGUAAAACACGGUCCAAGGCCAACAAAGUGGGGAGGUGGGCACAUGUCAUUUCAUUAGUAAAACAAAACUGUUGGGUCCUUAUUCUGUAUUUUCCUCAAGUGAGUGUAUAAUAUUUGGUUUCAGGGUUAAUUUCUAUUCCUCUAUCAAGCAUUAAAUAAGUGAUAACUGUUUUCGUCA